AUGGCUGAAGAGGCUGUCGUUGACUACAGCCUCGCCAAUCCCGACACCCUCACCAAGUACAAGACUGCUGCCCAGAUUGGCCAGAAAGUACUCGAGACUGUUUCAGGAUGGUGCACUGAGGGCACCAAGAUCAUCGAAAUCUGCCAGCGCGGCGAUAAGCUCCUCGAAGAUGAGGUCGCCAAAGUCUACAAAGGCAAGAAGAUCACCAAGGGUAUUUCGCACCCAUGCACAGUCUCGCCAAGCUCAUACGUGACGCCCUACACUCCCCUCGUAUCCGACACCGAAGAGGCCGACAAGACGCUGCACGCUGGCGAACCCGUCAAGAUCCAGCUUGGUGCUCAGAUCGAUGGAUUCGGUGCCAUUGUUUGCGAUACUGUCAUUGUGCAAGCCAAGGGCGAGAAGGCUCUUUCAGGGAGACCAGCAGAUCUCAUGCUCGCGACUUACUGGGCAAAUGAGCUUCUCCUGCGGUUGAUGCUUCCCCCAGGCUUGUUGGCUCAAGGAUCCGAGGAAGAGAAGAAGAAAGCCCAAGCCACCAAGCCAUACAGUCAAUCCAAAAUCACGCAGCUGCUCGAGAAGCUUGUCAAGAGUUAUGAUUGCAAUCUUGUCGAGAACACAACUUGCUGGCUGUUUGACAGAAAUGAGAUCGAAAGCAAGAAGAAGAUCAUCCUUGCGCCAGGCGAGGGCGUGAAGGGUGAGGGUCUGCCAGAAGUCGGAGAAGUCUGGGGUGUCGAAAUGGGCGUCAGCAUUGGUUCUGGAAAGGUGAAGAGUCUUCCGAACAGACCAACUCUGCAUCGCAGGACAACCACAACAUAUGGCUUGAAGCGCGAGUCCUCGAGAAAGACACUCUCCGAGGCCCAGAAGAAAUUCGGCACUUUCCCCUUCAGUCUGCGACAAUUAGAUGACGAGCGAGCUGGCAAGGUCGGUGUUGUCGAAUGCGUGCGUGGCGGUGUCAUUCGCCAAUACGAGGUCAUCGGCUCUGCAGACGGCGAGCCUGUCAGCCGACUCUUUACCACUGUUGCACUCACCAAGAACGGCAUGCAGAAGCUGGCUGCACCUGCAAAGCCAGAUCUAUCACAGUGGAAGUCAGACAAGAAAAUCACAGACGAAGAGAUCCUCAAGAUCCUCGAGCAGCCUCUUAACAAGACCAGCACCAAGGCUAAGAAGCCAAAGAAGAAGAAGUCCAAGCCGCCAAGAAGGCUGCUGCAAAGCCAGAGGAGGAAGAUGACGAUGACGAUGAUGACGAGGACGACAGCGACGACGAGCCCACGUCGCGAGACAUCGAGUCAGCAUAAUGCCUAA